UUUAAAAUUAUAUAUAUCCUGAAUAAGUAAUAUACCGCAUAAUUUUGAGUAGAUACAUUAAAUCCACUGGUCCUUUAAUUACAAAUCCAAUAUCCCUUCCGUAGGAAAAUGCAAUGAAUAAAAAAUAUUAGAGGUGAAGAAAAAUACAAAAAAUGGUACUCCAUAACCGUGUCAAAAAUACGAAGUCCGGACCGCCCCCUCUGGCCGCUGGCCCACCGCCACCUCGACGUUCCACCUACUCUCUCUGAAUCUUCCUGGCUGGGAAUCCUUGCCUCCACCGACAACGCGUCUCAAGGAGAGAAUUUAGGAAUUCAUUCCCUCUCAAAAUAUCAUUGCAUCCUUUCUCCAUCAUCUUCAAUCUAUCUAUCAAUCCCUUCUUCUAUAAUUUCUUCAUUUCUUUUGCUGCCUUCAAAUCCCUUUUUUCCCCCCUUCUGGUCCAGACAUCACAAACAUCCCCUCAAUUCGUUCAUCGCAGCUGAAUUUCGAUACAAUUUUGGAAAAUAAUGGACGAAUUCGGGGUUUUGGUUGAGAGCAUCGGCUUCAGAGCGCAGGGCAAAUCAGCGCCCAUGGCUAAAUUGAAGCCAAAACCUAAAUCACAAUUCACAGCUAAUAGCCAUACCCCCGAUGCAACGUCGUCGGUUGGCGAUCCUUAUUCGCUACCUGUUGAUCAGCUCGACGGGAUAUUCAGGUCCAAUGUUAGCACCGGGAGAACUCCGCAAUCCCAAAAUCUACUUGUUGAUGACGAUAUUUUCGGUGGUAGUGUUUCGAGUUCGCAACAAUUUGGGGGAGUUGAUUUGGAAACUGUGCUUUCUGGCUCGAAAGCUCGGAAUAAUUACAGCAGUAGUUCAAAGAGUCCUAUAGGUUUAUCUGCUUAUGAUGAUUUCUCGGGGUAUAAGCCGAAGCCUGUAGGUAAUGUUGAUGAUCUGUUAGGGAAUUUAGGGCUGAAUUCGAACGUGAAGCUGGAGAAAAAGGGGUCUGGAUUGGAUGAUUUGAUGUCGACAUUCGGAGGAGAGAGCGCUACAAACACUAGAGUAUUCUCGGAGACAAAAUCCUUUCCAGCUUCAAAUGUCCGUCCAUCUAAUUCGAGCUCAACUUUGAUUGAUGACCCUUUCUUAGUCUUUGAAUCAUCUGCCUCCUGGCCAUUUGAUGGGCCGUCUAACCAAGACAGAGGAAAAGGUUCAGUUCAAUCACCGAUUGAUGAUGACUUUGAUGAUUUCAUUAGCGGUGGGACUAAAUCAAAAGUUGAUGCAAUAAGUACAACAGCUAGCUACAAACCAAUGUCAGGUGCAAGUUUGAAGGGGUUUGGGAAUGCCAAUUAUGUGGACGAUAUUUUUGGUGGCGGUGACCCUGUGCAGCAAAAUAAUGCCUCAAGACCAAGCUCUAUGGCUCAGAAUUCCCUCUUUGAUGACUCUUUCCAUCAAGAGAAGAAGCUUGAAGUGAAGCGAGCUCCGUCACAGCCCAAUGUCAACACAAAAAAGACCUUUACAAAUACUGGCAACGAUUAUACUUCACUUUUUGGAGAUAUUACGACUUCAUCUGGGGAGUUUUACGAAAUUGAUGGAGAACCUGAAGAAAGACGAAGAGCUAGGCUAAAUCGUCAUAUGAGGACAAAUGAACGCAUGGCAGAAGCACUUGCUGAAAAGAAUCAGCGUGAUCUUGAGAUUCAGUUUGAACAGGAAGAGAAACGUAGGAUUGCAGAGGUAUUGGAGUAUGACAUAAAGCGUUGGUCUGCUGGAAAAGAAGGCAAUAUACGUGCAUUGUUGUCAUCACUAGAGCAGAUUUUGUGGCACGAGUGUGGCUGGCGUCCAGUCUCUUUGACAGAUAUGAUUACUUCCAAUUCAGUGAAAAAGGUCUACAAGAAGGCGACUCUAUACAUCCAUCCAGACAAAGUUCAACAAAAAGGAGCGACUCUCCAACAAAAAUAUAUUGCUGAGAAGGUUUUCGAUAUUCUAAAGGUAUUCCUCACGUGCAUGAUGUUCGUGCAGUGCUUAUUUUUUCUGAAAAACACAUAAAUCGUUAAGUCAGAUGAUUAGGGCUAUAAAAAUAUUCUCUCAUUUUACAUCACGGGAAGUCAUCUAGCUCAUGGAAUUUUGUGUUUCAAUAGGAAGCUUGGAACAAAUUUUGUGCAGAGGAACUGCGAUAAUUUCAUAACGACAAACAUUUCCACUUGAUCUAACGUACAAAGCUGCUUUUGUCGAGCGGGGAGAGAUCAGAUAGCUGUAUUUUGUCUAAAAAAAAUCGUAAAGAUGCUUGGUGAAAUUAAUAAUCCAUAAUUCAAGAGGAUGCAUGGUUGUAUCAUUUUCCAUUUGUGAUGGUAUUGUACUCGUUUUAAAAUGAAAUGUUGUGCAGUAAUUUGCUUCAUUGUUUAAUUCUUUGUAAAAAUUUAUCAUGCAGUAUCUGAAUUUCAUUAUGCCAGGAUAAUUCAUCGUUAUGUAAUUAUUUUAUUAAAGAAUGAUGUUAAAAUUUUAAUUUAAUCAUUGUCUUUUUUAUCA